GGCGCGGGCUGCGGGAAUGAGGUAGAGGCGGGCGGGGCGCGCGGCAGGAAGCGGCGAGCGAAGCGCGGCGAUCGGGCCCAUGGCGGACACCGCGGAAGCACAUGAGGAGCAUGAUACUUCUACUGAAAAUGCAGAUGAUUCUAACCACGAUCCUCAGUUUGAGCCCAUAGUUUCUCUUCCAGAGCAAGAAAUAAAAACUCUGGAAGAGGAUGAGGAAGAACUCUUUAAGAUGCGAGCAAAGCUCUUCCGGUUUGCAUCUGAGAAUGACCUUCCAGAAUGGAAAGAACGAGGAACUGGUGAUGUGAAACUCUUGAAACACAAGGAGAAGGGAACAAUUCGCCUCCUCAUGCGGAGGGAUAAAACCCUAAAAAUCUGUGCAAACCAUUACAUCACACCCUUAAUGGAGCUGAAGCCUAAUGCUGGAAGCGACAGGGCAUGGGUCUGGAACACACAUGCUGACUUUGCAGAUGAGAGCCCCAAGCCUGAACUUCUGGCAAUCAGAUUUCUAAACGCAGAGAAUGCACAGAAAUUCAAGGCAAAAUUUGAAGAAUGCAGGAAUGAAGUAGGCAAGACAGCAAAGAAAGCAGGCACAGACAAAAAUGAUAGUGCUGAUAAAGUUGCUGAAAAACUAGAAGAGCUUUCUGUAAAGGAAGAGAGCAGAGAAUCUGAGAAGAAAGAGACCAAGGAAAAAACUGAAGAAAAGCAAUAAAAUCAUCCUGGGCCUUGCCGUUUUUCCUUUACACUUUUUUUUUUUUUUUUUUUUAGGUAUUUUUGUUUUUCAUUUUUACAAGGGACUUUAUAUGGAACUGAAUUCAACAUUCACAUUGUUGUUUUUUUCUAAGCUUUUGCCCUUUGGAAGGUGUCUUCAGAAAAAUUCAUUCCCCUGUCAUGAAAAUGUACUGUGCUAACAUUCUUUUCCAUAGUGGAAACACUUAUUUAUAGUCAUCCAAAAGAGUGAAUAAAACAAACUUGAAA